AUGUAUGGUCGUAACCGUAACUCUGAAACCAAUCAAUACUCCACAGCCAGUUACUCACAUGACCUUUCUGGGCCGGUCACUGGGGGGUCUGCAGGCCUCCCCUGGGCGGACAUACCACUUGACCCUAACGCGAUAUAUCACAUGCCAGUUCAUGGUUCGGGUUGGUCGGGGACCGUGGACUCGGAGUCGCCCUACGAACGCGAUCGUGAGGUGCUACGUCAAGCCUGGGAGCAUAGGAUACGUGACAAUUGGUUUAGAAGAAACGGAAUCACCGCAUUACCGACCGACGCGCAGUACGACCGGUUUAUUCCCGAGUUGCGUGCUGAAGAAUACGCUGAAAGAUAUUUUGGGAGAUCAGAAGCCCAGUUAGUGGCAAACGGCAGACAGUCUGAGGAAAUACCCGUCUCGUAUCCAACUAUCCACUCCAUAUCCCAUCCCCCUAUCUCCCCGACGAUGAUCGAUUCUUACUCGCCCCGAGUAGAUUCAUCUCAAUAUAGCACACCUGAUCUAGGAAACCACAUGCCUCGGGAACUCCAACUUGCAGUAGGCCCAUCAGUGGUUUCUGACAGCGGCUUUACUAUUCCUUCCCCGGCCACUUCGGGCAAAUGCCUGCAUCUCAGCUAUUACAUUGCCUAUCGGGAUCCACCAACUCCAGUAUCGCCGACAGACGCAGGUAGUCCUGCUAGUCUCCAUCGGAGUGGAUAUGUCCCUCAACCCUCCGCUACAAGCCCAGCUACAGCGCUCUCUCAACUGGACAGCGAGGGAGCAGAUUCUCCCCUCAGUGAUAUUCGCGAUACAAGGUCAACAUCGCCGGCCUGUUCGGCACCCGCGACACAUACGGUCAGCGAGGAUCAGUCUGCAUCGAAAUCCACGAUCAAGGCAGGCUCCACUCAUCACUCGCCGAUGAUAACACGCUCUCGGUCGCUCGAGGGCGCCUCUAUCGGGCAACCGGGCAUGGGUCCCGUCCGGCGCGGGAACAGUACAAGCGAGCGGGGUAAGAACGCCGUAGGGACAAUCCGCGUUCAUCGGCCUGCCGGUAUCAAGUGGAACCAACGCACGCGCCGAACUCUUGCCGCCGGAUUGGGUGAUGGGGGACCGAUUGGAUUUCGACUGCCCUCAUUGCGCCGUUCGUUUUACGCGAGAAGAUGCACGGGACAGGCACGUCAAGGUGCAACACCAGGUGCGUCAUCUACUGUUCGACUGUUCCCACCCCGAAGCGAAUGGGUAAUCAACUUUAGAGAACGUGUCAAGGGUCAACCCAAUGAGCCUUGA